AUGCCAACAAUUAGUUGUGAUAGCAAAUAUCUUUUUAAAUUAAUUGGAAAAGAAUUUACUGAAAAAGAAUUUGAUGAAGUAUGUUUUCAAUAUGGAAUUGAACUUGAUGAUGUUGUUGAAGAAGAAGGAAAAACAAUAUAUAAAAUUGAAGUUGGAGCAAAUAGAUAUGAUUUAUUAUGUGUAGAAGGAAUUGCUAUUUGUUUAAAAACAUUUUUAAAAAUGAGAGAAUUUCCAAAAUAUACAGUAAAAUCAGUUUGA